CUAGCCCAGCCAGUCUUGGUUUGGACCGGGUCGGUGUGGAGUUCUGUCACCGGCGACACGUCGCAUGUAACCGAAUAGAGCUCCUUUGUCUCUGGCAUUUUAUACGUGAACAUUUUCCUUUCGUCCCUUUUUAAAUACAGCCUUCAUCGACAAGAACUGAAGUGUGUCUAUUGUUAAGUUGUAUAUCAGGCAACAUUUGAACCAAUACGUUCAUUCAUUGCGCUGGAGAUGUAAAACGCGUUAGAAGACCUGUGGACCGUGGUUUUGAAGCUUAACUUAGAAACCAGUGGACUGUUGGAUACGUGGUUCGUCUGUUCUUUCAGCGCUGUCAGACUGGACCUGCUCAGCCAUUUUUUUGGCAACAACUACCUGAUAAUUACCUGAGGCUGUUUCUUCACAGAGAGCCGCCUGUUUUAUUGUCUGCUGCUUGUGUGGAGAAAUGUGGCGCGGAUUCUCACUGCUGAUUUUAUGCUGUGCUGUAAGGGGUCUUGAGGCGGAUAAAAGCGAUGACCCCUCGCUUCAGAAGAUGCUGUCGACCGAAGCAGCAGAGCUGGCCACCCCGGACAAGGAUGCUCCCUCCGGGACCGAAGUGGAGAGCAGUCUGCGGGGAGGGGAGCAGCAUUCCCCCGGGAGAGACGCUCCUGUUGAGGGAGCGGAGGGGAGAGCUCAGCAGCCCACCGCUGAGCCUCUGGAAGAUGAGCUGGAUAACCAAGAGAAUAUCAUUAGCCAGUUGCUGGGCGAUUACGACAAAGUAAAGACUGUGUCGUCAGGGUCUGACUGUGUGUGUCGCUGUAUUGUUCGACCAAUCAAACGCUCUGACUGCAGCGACCUGGCAUCACCAUCCCGGGAUUUUUACACAGUGGAGACAGUUACCAAAGGAACAGACUGCAGGAAGUGUGUGUGCAUGGCUCCGGCUUCAGCCGUCAACCCCUGUGAAGGAGAGUACAGGUUUAAAAAACUACAAGACGCCAGCAAAGAUGACAUUAAGCUGGCGACUAUUAUUGACUUGUUGGAGGGCUCUCUGUAUGGAAUGGACUUGUUAAAGCUCCACUCUGUCACCACCAAGCUGCUGACCAGGGUGGACAACGUGGAGAAGGCUUUUGCCCGUAAUUUUACUGAGAAAGCAAGAGAGAAAGAACGUGUGAAGGAAAGAGCAAAAGAGAAAGAGAAGAAGGCUCAACAGAAAAAAAAGAAAGUGAAUGAUUUGGAGCGUGCAGGACAGAAAAGUGGAGCAGCUGCCUACGGCAACAAACAGAAAAAUCCUGAAGGUCCGCUGAAGAACGAACAGCAUGAUGGUCUGGAACAACAACCACCAACCAGGAAUAAGACAGGAACUCAAAAGCCAAUCAAAGACCAGACAGAGCCAAAGCAGCCAAUCAAAGACAAGAACAGCAUGGUCAUCAGGGGUGUGACCUUCUACAAGGCAGAGGAGAGCUACAAAGAGGAGGACGAGGAAGGGAAAGGAAAACAUACAACUCUAACUACAAAUGCAUCGGUGGACUUACUGAUCUCUAACCCGCUCCCACCUACCAGGACCUUCCCCACCAAGCGUCCAGGACCUUCAACCACUCGUAGCACCCAACUAGACUUCCAGGACCCAUCAAGGAGACUGAGCAGGCCAGCGCCCACCCAGCAACCAACAGCUCCCCCAACUACCACCCAACAAACCACAACUCCAACAAAACCAGUUCCCACCACCAUCAAACCAACGACUAAAUUAACGACAAAAUCAACAACAACCAAACUGACAACUACUUCCCAACAAAAUACAGCUACUAUACAGCCUACCCGGCACGCCAAUCAGGACACCACCUCGCUCUCAGAUACCAAUAGAAGUCCACCCACCGAUGCGUCUCCCACAGCAGAGUCUCGGCCAGGACCCAAAAGUCGACUCAGCUGGACGGAGAACCCCGCUGACCAACCAAAGACCACAAAAAAGCCUGCAGUGUGUAAGGACACAUUAGCCAGUAUCUCUGAACCGGUUCAGCAGAACUCUUACGGCCUUAGUGACGGAGCCUGGAUGAGAGAUGCUCGUGGCCAUGGCAACGUCAUCUACCUUACUAAUGGUCACUAUGGCAACAACCUCCUAGAGUUCCGAGACAUGGACACCUUCAAAUCAGGUCAGGCAAGUAAUUCAUACAAGCUGCCCUACAGUUUCACUGGAACAGGCCACGUCGUGUUUAAUGGAGCGUUCUACUACAACCGUGCCUUCAGCAGGGACGUCAUCAGAUAUGACCUGAGACACAGAUAUGUAGCUGCCUGGACCACACUACAUGAUGCUAUACUGGAGGAGCAAGUUCACAGGACACAAACUGAAGUGGAGUUUGCUGUUGAUGAGUCUGGCCUGUGGCUGCUCUACCCUGCUCUGGACACAGAGGGUUUCCACCAGGAAGUAAUCCUGCUCAUCCACCUGCGCCCCCGAGAUCUGCAGCCAAUACAGACCUUCCGCACAGGUCUUCGCCGCGGUCGCUACGGAAACAGCUUCCUGGUUUGCGGCGUGCUUUAUGCAGUGAACAGUAUGGAGGAUCGCUACGCUAAUGUGACGUACGCCUUUGACACACAUACGCUCACACACACUGUGCCGAGUCUGGCGUUCACGAACAUGCACGCACACACCUCUCAGCUGGCUUACUGCCCACUAGUAAAGAAACUGUACGCAUGGGACAAUGGACAUCAGAUGACGUAUGAUGUCGUCUUCGCUUAUUAGAACAAUGAACGCACACAUACAGUAGUUGGAAGAUUGAACAGCAAUUUAGCAUCUCCAGCAAGAGGUCCAAACUAAGCUGAGGACAGAAGAAAUAAGAUAAUAACUGAACAGAUAUUUUAUCAAUGUUUUGUAUCUGAAUGACUGUGGAUCAGUCUAACUGAAUGUGUUGACCUCAGCUGCUGCUUUGUCACACACACAAAAGUCAGUAACAAGCAGCAACAUAUUCACAUUUAAGAGAAAACAAAAAAAAGGGUUAUGUGAAAGAAUAUAAAUACAUGUAUUCACAUAUUUCUUUCCAAAGAUUCCUCUGAAUUAAAAACUAUGUAUACCUGUCCAUCUGCAUAUUCAGAUUGUGAUUUAGAAAUCACUGUGGCCAACGCAUUCAUUCUCAUGAACGGUUUCGUACGAUAUUGUACGAAAAUGUAUGCACAUCAAUUUGUAUGAUAUCCUACGAAAUUAGGCGGCCACCUGCUGGUCAUAUCGCGAUGGCUACAGGGCUCUGAGAGAUGACUGUCCUUUCAGGGACCGUGGCGGUUGAGUUUAGCAUACAAAAAGUGAGCGACAUUUAGUUUAGGCACCAAAAAAGUUUAGGAAAAAGAUCGUGGUUUGGAUUUAAAUACUCCGGAGGAACGAUCAGGCGUUUCCUCGGUGGAAGUCUUUUGUUUUCGCCAGGAAGCGAACUCUGCUACCUGGCUUCAAAGCACUGUGUUUUACGACCCACCCAUCCACCCUGACCUCCUCCCUACGUGGUCAACAGCAUUCUUACACAGCAGCAGCCAAUGUGGUGCAUAAAAUAUGUGGAAUACGUAAAAGUUAAUGCUUGACAAGGUGUCCAUUGUCAGGAAUUAAUGGACGACGGAGGAGGCAUGAAUCAUCCGACGCGUGGGGGCUACUAAAAUGGCCUGCUGUAGGUCCUUCCUGCAGAUCAUGGUAUAAAUACGAAUUACAGUGCAUUACUUUUCAUAACUAUAUGUACAAAUGGCUCAUGAGACCAGCCUGCUAAUGGUUCUAAAAAUGCUAAUAAUUAUCCUGUUAAUCCCAUUCUUCAAGAACAUGCGGUUCCAGCAAUUCAGUUUUUGGGAAAAAACAAACUUUCUCACAUCAUGUUUAUUUUUCAUAAAUGAUGAUCACUGUGGAGGAGCGUUCUCCAUACAGUCUGUACACACUUUAAGUUCACAUAGAAAAACACAAUGCUCACUGAAGCCUUUGAUUUCUGUUAUGACCUUCCAUAAGUUCAGUGCUUAUUAGGGCUGCUCCCUCUUAGUCGAUAAGUCGACUAAUCGGU